UGUAUGAUCUUGAUUGAAGCUAAGAACAAGGCCACAGUGUCGAUAAUCCCAAAGUGAAGUCUUUACACCAAAAUUUGUUUCCUGUGGGUACUCCUGCAAUACCACUCUCUCUCUCUCUCUCUAAAACUCUCUCUCUCUGUUGCUGGGUAUUAGUGUCUUGUAAAGUUGAAGAACCAUGAGUGCUGUUUCGAGCUCCUUCGUUUCAGUUCAGAAUCACAAGACCCACUUCUUGACUGGUUCCUCUACAAAGCCAGUGAACCACUGUAUUGUGAAUGUUACGCCCAGCAAGCUUACAUCAAACAAAAGGACACUUGUUGUGCGAGCAGGUAGUGGAAAAAGUACUGCUGGCAUCUUCGUUGGUGGAUUUGUGUUGGGAGGCAUAAUUGUUGGAGCAUUAGGCUGCGUGUAUGCACCUCAGAUAAGCAAGGCACUUGCGGUAGCCGGAGCUGAUAGAAAAGAUUUGAUGAGGAAGCUGCCAAAAUUCAUAUAUGAUGAAGAGAAAGCUCUAGAGAAAACUCGCAAAAUCUUGGCUGAGAAGAUUGCACAGCUAAACUCUGCCAUAGAUGAUGUUUCUGCCCAGCUACAUGCUGAUGAUGCCCCAAAUGGAGUUGCAGUAUCUUCAGAUGAAGUUGAAGCUUCCAUAUGAUAUAGUGUCUGCACAGCGUUAGUCGGAUGUUGUUACAUGUGUUUGCCACCGAGAAAUAAUGUUUAAAAUUUUCUUCUCAUUUGUUUACCUUGUUUAUAGACAUGGUUAAAUACAUAACAGACAGCAGCUUCAGUAAUUUCAAAACCAUAAUAGUUUCUGGAGUACUUAUUUGCUUUAACAUCAAUACAUUAUCGAACUUGUUUUCACUUUGUAUCAACUAUCAAACAGGAAGCUUUCCCAUGGUUGUGAAUGGA